AUGUCCGUCCUCACUUUGGCAGGGCCUCAGGCUCUAUCUUCUUUCAGAGUGGAAAACCUGGUGAAGGGCAUUGAGUCGUACUGCAACAGCUCGUCUGUGAUCUCCGAGGUCCGCUCGUGCUACAUUCAUUACGUUGAUGUCAAGGAUGGAAUUACCUUGUCUGAAGAGCAAGCCAAAUUGCUAGAAGUGCUCCUAACGUACGACGAUGCGUUGUACGAUGAUGACAGUAUUUCGCAAGAAUUGAAAGCUGCCGUCACGUCAGACUCUGGAGAACUGGGUCCAGACACCUAUUUCAUUAGAAUUGCGCCUCGUCCAGGCACAAUCUCGCCAUGGUCUUCGAAAGCCACCAACAUCGCUCGCGUUUGUGGGCUGGAAGACGCCAUCGAGCGUAUCGAGCGUGGUACUGCUUUGCUUAUCAAGACCGUUCCUGGCUUUCCCCUAAUGGAAAACCUGAAUGAUGAGUCUUUGAAGUCGUGCUACGACAGAAUGACUCAAACUUUGUAUUUGACCGAAGCGCCCAAACCCGAAACCAUUUUCUCGCACCAGUCUCCUAGGCCGCUAGCACACGUCCCUCUGGCCUCUGAGACCUCUGUGUCACCCAGAGAAACGCUUGAAAAAGCCAACCAGGAGCUAGGCCUAGCUCUCGACAAGGGAGAAAUCGACUAUCUUAUUUCCGCCUUCGUCGAAACUCUACACCGAGACCCCUCCGAUGUGGAGCUUUUCAUGUUCGCCCAAGUCAACUCUGAGCACUGUCGUCACAAAAUCUUCAACGCCGACUGGACUAUUGACGGUCUUAAAAAGGAUCUUUCUCUUUUCAAAAUGAUCAGAAACACACACGCCCAUACAUCAGACUACACCAUUAGCGCGUACUCUGAUAACUCUGCUGUUUUGGACACUGGUAAUGAAGCAUACUAUUAUGCUCCAGAUUUCAAAACCAAGGAAUGGAAGGCUGUAAAAGAGAACGUGCCCAUGCUAGUGAAAGUUGAGACUCACAAUCACCCAACUGCCGUUUCUCCCUUCUCAGGUGCCGCCACUGGAUCUGGUGGUGAGAUCAGAGACGAAGGUGCUACUGGUAGAGGUUCUAAAUCCAAGUGUGGUUUGAGCGGUUUUGCGGUGAGUGAUCUAUUGAUCCCCGGUUUUAAGCAACCUUGGGAGCUAGACGUGGGAAAGCCCAACCAUAUCGCCUCUUCUUUGGACAUUAUGAUUGAGGGGCCAUUGGGUUCUGCUGCCUUCAACAACGAGUUUGGUAGACCUUGUAUCAAUGGUUAUUUCAGAACCUUGACUACUACAGUUAAAAACUCUGACGAUAAAGAAGAAAUUAGAGGGUUCCAUAAGCCUGUUAUGCUCGCUGGUGGUUUGGGAGCAGUAAGACCACAGUUUGCUUUAAAAAAUAAGCCUAUUACUCCUGGAUCCAGCCUGAUUGUCUUGGGUGGUGAAUCGAUGUUGAUCGGUCUAGGAGGAGGAGCCGCUUCAUCAGUCAACGCUGGUGAGGGCUCUGCCGAACUAGAUUUUGCAUCAGUUCAAAGAGGAAAUCCAGAAAUGGAGCGUCGUUGCCAACAGGUUAUCGAUGCCUGCAUUUCAUUGGACUCCGGUAACCCUAUUCAGUCCAUUCACGAUGUUGGUGCUGGUGGUUUGUCAAAUGCUUUGCCAGAGCUUGUUCAUGACAACGACCUAGGUGCCAAGUUUGAUAUUAGAAAAGUAUUGUCUUUGGAACCCGGCAUGUCUCCCGUCGAAAUCUGGUGUAAUGAAUCUCAGGAAAGAUAUGUCCUUGGUGUUUCUCAACAAAACUUGUUUAUGUUCGAAGAGAUUUGCAAAAGAGAAAGAGCUCCUUACGCUGUUGUUGGACAUGCAACUGCUGAACAGAGACUGGUCGUCGAAGACUCUUUGUUGAAAGAGACUCCAAUUGACCUAGACAUGUCUAUUCUGUUUGGUAAGCCUCCUAAGAUGUCCAGAGAAGUUCAGACUCAACCACUCAGCCUGUCUGCGGCUGAUUUGGGUGCAAUUCCUUCACUCGAAGAUGCUAUUGACAGAGUUUUGAGUCUACCAUCUGUUGGCUCUAAGUCAUUUUUGAUCACCAUCGGUGACAGAACUGUAACAGGGCUUGUAGACAGAGACCAAUUUGUGGGUCCAUGGCAAGUUCCCGUUGCAGACGUUGGUGUGACUGGUACUGCGCUUGGUGACGAAAUUUGCAAAUCUGGUGAAGCUCUGGCAAUGGGUGAGAGACCAACCAAUGCUCUUAUCUCCGCAGGAGCAUCCGCUAAGCUCUCAGUGGCAGAAUCUUUGCUAAAUCUGUUUGCAGCUGACGUGAAAUCUUUGAAACACGUCAAGUUAUCUGCGAACUGGAUGUCACCAACCUCUCAUCAGGGCGAAGGCGCCAAACUUUACGAAGCAGUUCAAGCUAUUGGUAUGGACCUCUGCCCUGAUUUGGAUAUCUCUAUUCCUGUUGGUAAGGACUCCAUGUCUAUGAAGAUGAAGUGGGGCGAGAAAGAAGUCACAGCACCUUUGACACUGAACAUUACUGCUUUUGGACCUGUCAACAACACCUCUAAAACCUGGACUCCAGUUUUGAAAAAACAGAAAGGAACAGUAUUGGUUCUCGUUGAUUUGGCGGCUGGGCAUGCGGAGUACUCCCUUGGCGGUUCUGCUCUUCUACAAGUCUACAACCAAGUUGGUAACACCUCACCAACCGUGCACAACAAUAAAGUGUUCAAGGGCUUAUUGAAAUCUCUGUUGGAAUUGCAUCAAACGGAAUUGGUGUAUGCCUACCAUGAUAGGUCCGAUGGUGGUUUGUUCGUUACUCUAGCAGAAAUGGCGUUUGCGUCCAGAUGUGGUGUCAAUAUCGUUUUGGACAGAGCAUCGGAUGUUUACACUCCACUAUUCAACGAAGAGCUGGGAUGUGUUUUCCAAGUCUCCGAAGAUACUCUACCUGAGUUUGAGGGAGUGUUUGCCAAGAACGGGGUUUCACCGGAGCAUAUUUCAAUUGUCGGUAAACCCGUCUUCGGAUCCCAGAAAAUUACAGUCACAGACAAGUCUGGCCUAGUUGCCUUCGAGAGUGAUAGAUCAUCGUUGCAAAAAACUUGGGCUGCUACCUCCUACCAGAUUCAAAAACGUAGAGAUAACCCAUUGGCUGCCGACCAAGAAUUUUCGAACAUUGCAGACGACAAGGACCCUGGUUUGCAUUACUCCCUAACAUAUGAUCCCGCCGAUGAAAUGGGACUCGGUCAGCUUCUCACUUCCGGAAAGCCUAAAGUGGCUAUUCUUAGAGAGCAAGGUGUCAAUGGUCAUAUGGAGAUGGCGUGGUGCUUCCAACAAGCUGGCUUCACAGCUAUCGAUGUUACAAUGACUGAUCUUUUGGAUGGCAGAUUCCACUUAGAUGACUUUGUUGGUUUUGCAGCUUGUGGUGGCUUUUCUUACGGUGAUGUGCUCGGUGCUGGUGCUGGUUGGGCCAAGUCUGUCUUGUAUCACGAAGGUGUGCGCCAGCAAUUCGUCAAGUUUUUCAACGAGCGGGAGGACACGUUUGCGUUCGGUGCUUGCAAUGGCUGCCAGUUCUUGAGUAGACUAAAAGAUAUCAUCCCCGGAUGUGAAAACUGGCCAAGCUUUGAAAGAAACGCUAGUGAGCAGUACGAAGCUCGUGCGGUAAUGGUCGAAAUCUCCCAAGAUGAGGGCUGUAAGACUGACAACAUUUUCUUCAACGGCAUGGUCGGCUCUAAGUUGCCUAUUGCUGUUGCUCAUGGUGAGGGUAGAGCUUCUUUCAAAGAUGGUGAAGAAGCCGAAAACUUUGAGAAACAUGGUCUAUGCAGCGUUAGGUACGUGGACAACUAUGGAAACGUCACCAAGAAUUACCCCUUCAACCCCAACGGUGCUGCUAAUAGUAUUGCUGGUGUGAGAUCUCCAAACGGGAGAGUUCUCGCUAUGAUGCCACAUCCAGAGCGUGUCUGCAGAUUGGAAGCCAAUUCUUGGUACCCAUCUGAGAAGUACGAUGAAUGGCAAGGCUACGGACCUUGGAUAAGAAUGUUCAAGUCGGUUAGAAAGUGGGUCGGUUGA